UUGUGUGGUUGGGAACAAACGGUGCAUGCUAUUAUCUUAUCCGGAUAGAGUUUUGUAGAUUGAAACAACCCUUUCAUAUCAGAAGUCUAACAUCUUACCAUUCUGUAAAACCUUAAAUGGCAUCCUCCUAUCUCCACACAACUCAUUUCCAAUCUAUCCAAAUUUCCAAGCCAUCAUCAUGACCGCCUCCACACUCCAAUACUCAAAUCACAUCAAUUUCAUUUCCUGCUCAAUUUCUGUACAACCACUGCCACAACUCCUGCAUCAACCCAAGAUCCUUUGUUACCCUCAAAGCUACAUCCACUUCCAUCCAUUCCUCUCUUUCCUCCCCUAAACCGCCUAUCUCAAAGGAGGAGGCCAUACUUCAGGCCAAAACAUCCCUUUCAACAACCUUAGAGAAACCCCUCAACAAUCCCAAACUGAUAGGCAAGUUCAAGAAACUAAGGCAACCAAAGCUCCGGGUUGAAAUUCCAGUCAUUGAUGACUCACCGGAUUCACUGUCCCAACUUGCCCUUGAUUUUUUUGGUGACUUACUUAUCAAAAGAAAAGGUUCUCCCACUAAGAUCUUAAUCCUAUGGCCUGAUGCCAGCUUUAAGGAAUCUGCCACUGUUGCCUUUCAGUCUCAUUCAACUAUUGAACACAUUGACAUUCCUUCGGUGGCCAAAACAGACCCCAGAAUCUUGAAUUCUGCAGAAGUCGCAAUAUUUUUGGCGCCCGAUAGCUCCCAAUUGGCUUUGAUAAAAAGAAUUAGUGAAGCCUUUUAUCCAAAGCCAGUGGUUUUUUUUAACCCAAAAUGGGCAUUUGAGGAAGAGAGCAAAUUUGGUGAUCUGAGUGGCUUUGUUGGUUCUUUUGAAGUGGUUUAUUCUUUUAUGGGGUUGGAAGUGAGAGGGAUCUUGAGCAAAAGAAAAGGGGUGAUUUUUAAGUGUGCCAGAGAUGGGGUUCUGAGUGGAGAGAGAUGGAAUGUUUUUGUAGAAGAAGGAGAAGAAUUGAAAGUGGUUUCCUCAUUCAAGUCCAGACCAAAUAUUGGUGAAGUUGAAAAUGUAUUGUACAAUCUGAUGGCUAUCAAUUCGCCCAUUACAAAGUCUGCAAAGUUCAUCAAGGGAUUGGUAUCAAAUGUGACAGGGAGAAAGUAACUGGAUCAGAAGCGUUGGUCUUCAAGAUCUCUACUCACAUGAAUUUGAAGAACACAUCAGCAAACAUGUUUCAGUGAUUGGAAGUGCACUAGUAUGACCAUUGUAUGAAGUAAACAUAUUGUAGCACAAACCGAUUUUGAAGGAGAAUUCAUAUUAUUUACGA